AUGUUCACUCGUUUGAGCCGCACUUGCAUCCCAAAGGGCGUGAGCGUUCAGCGCCGUUUCUUCAACAUCCACGAGUACCAGUCGAAGGCCAUUCUGAAGGAAGGCGGCUGCAAGACAGAGUUUGGCAUCCCGUGCCGUACCCUCGAGGAGGUGGAGGCCGCUCUGGGGAAGAUCAAGACGGAAAAGAAGGUCGUCAAGUCGCAGAUCCUCGCCGGUGGCCGUGGCAUGGGCACAUUUGAAGAUGGCUUUAAGGGCGGCGUACAUGUCUGCAAGAACGCCGCGGAGGCCCUUGAUUGUGCCAAGAAGAUGCUGAACAAAACGCUUGUGACGAAGCAGACGGGACCCAAGGGACAGAGGGUGAAUUUGCUUUACGUCACUGAGGCUGUGACGGGUAUCAAGCGUGAGCUCUACCUUGCACUUCUGCUUGACCGCAAGACAGCCUCGCCAAUGUUUAUUGGAAGCGCCGAGGGUGGUAUGGGCAUCGAGGAGCUUGCGCAGAAGUGCCCCGAGAAGAUCAAGCGGAUGCGCAUUAAUGUUCAGGAAGGCAUCAGCCAUGACAACUGCGUGGCCUUUGCAAAGGAGCUCGGUUUCAGUGGUCGCGCUGCUGAAAACGCAGCGGAGCAGGUGAAGGCGCUCUACAACGUUGGCAAGUCGAAGGACUGCACGCAGGUGGAGAUCAACCCACUUGUGGAACUGGAGAACGGCGAUGUCAUGUGCAUUGAUGCGAAGCUUUCUUUUGACGACAACGCUGAGUUCCGCCAGAAGGACAUCUUCAGCCUUGCGGACGACACGCAGAUUGACCCCAAGGAGGUGCUUGCCAAGAAAUAUGACCUCAACUACAUUGCCCUGGAUGGCAACGUCGGCUGCCUUGUAAAUGGUGCUGGUCUCGCAAUGGCGACAAUGGACCUCAUCUCCAUGAACGGCGGAAGGCCCGCGAACUUUCUUGACGUUGGCGGCAGCGCCACGAAGGAGCAGAUCGUGGCCGCCUUCCAGAUCAUUACAGGCGAUGAAAAGGUCAAGGGCAUUCUUGUGAACAUCUUUGGUGGCAUCAUGCGUUGCGACAUUAUCGCGGAGGGUAUUGUGGCGGCCUCACGCGAACUGAAGGGCCGCAACAUCCCUGUUGUUGUGCGUCUCAGCGGCAGCAAAGAGGAGGAGGGCAAACGCAUUCUACAGGAGAGCGGCCUCCCGCUCCACCCCGCCCGCAACUUCGAGGAGGCAGCCAAGCUCGCCUGCAAACUCGCGGCGGAGUCAGCGUAA